AAUCAAUCAAUCAAGCAUGGCCCCCUCAGUCCUGGUCCUGGCCCUGACCCUCACGGCCCUAGCGUGCCUGAGCGGUGCGCACGCCCAGGCCCCGCCCAACGUGACUGGGAUCCUCAGCCGUGCUGGCCAAUUUACCGUCCUCAUCCGCCUCCUCCAAAGCACACAGGUCGCUAACCAGAUAACCAACACGCUCAACAACUCGAACCAAGGCCUCACCCUCUUCGCCCCCACCGAUAACGCGUUCAACAGCCUCCCUCCUGGUACUCUGAACUCACUUUCGCAGCAGGACCAGGUCACCUUGAUUUUGUACCAUGUUUUGCCACAGUUCUACAGUUUGCAGGGGUUCCAAACAUUGAGCAACCCCGUUAGGACGCAGGCCUCGGGUAUGGGUGGAGGGCAGUACACAUUGAAUGUGACCACAGUGGCCAGCUCAAUGCAGGUGAAUGUGACAACCGGUUUGGUGACCACACCGAUCGCGAAUUCGAUCAAUGUGACUUCACCGCUUGCUGUUUAUGAGGUGGACAAAGUGCUUUUGCCACUAGAUAUGUUUGGGGUGAAGCCGCCGACUGGUGCGCCACAGGCUGCUGAAACGCCAACUGCGGGUGCGAAGACACCGGUGGCAGCCGGGCCGACUGCUGCAGGAGGUGGGUCCAACGCAGCGUCGUCGGUCGCGAGGGGGAGCUUAUUGGGCGUGGUGAUGGCUGUGGUGGUUUGGGUUGUGCAACCUUGAAGAAGUUGUGAUCCAUCACUCUUGAAAAGUGCAUGUGAGUUACUUCUUUCGUUCUUUCUUUUUUAUAUUCUUUCACUUUUUUUUUUCUGGCUUUGUAAUUUGCACUGUAUCUGUUGUGAUUUAUGUGAUCGGGUGGAUGUGGAUAUGGAGAUUUGUGUGUUGGAUCUCCUGCAUUGCUCAUUUCUCUAUUGAUUUGUUCUCAGAUUGAGAAUUUGCAUUUCAUUGA